AUGACGGAGAUGUACUCGGGACUCCAUGCGGGCCAACGCUUCUCGUCCUUGGAGGAGUUCAAAACGGUCAUUCGAAGUAUAUCUGUUCGGCAGCAUUGGGAGCUUCGCGUCAUUCGAAGCAAUAAGAAGAGUGUGGUGAUUGGCUGUCGAUCUUCUGCCAAUUGCUAUUUCCGUGUUGUUUGUCGUUCAAACAAGAACGCGACUUAUAUUACCAGCCUUCAAGAUAGCCAUAGUUGCCGACGAAGCGCUGAUUCGCCGGCUGCGACCCCGGCACGCUCUGAAGCCUCGCACGUCCGCUUUUUGCUGAGUGAGAUUCCGAAACUCUUCGAUAUGAAGAGCAGGAUCAAAGGCCAGGAUGUGGUAGACGCCGUCAAACGCUACCACGGAUAUGACAUUUCUAUGAGACAAGCACAACGGGCAUUGACUAAACUGCAACCGCGCCAGUCUGAUAUGCAAGGCGACGGUACUUUGGAUAUGGAUUUUAGCACCGGUGAUCAGCAGUCGCCAGGGCCGUCUCUGGCUGAGUCGCAGGGCGAUGCUGGACCAGCAUACCGAGAUCUCUCAGAGACUCGCUGGAUACCAGACCAUCUGCCAUCCGCAUUGAUGGACGACGCUUCGGUCAAUCCUGCUGGGUCUCCAGACCCCGUAGCUGCACCACUACCACCUCCACCCCCAACCGCUCAUUCUGUCCGACCUCCCCAGAUUCCACAACCACCAUCCAUUGGAACUCCCACUCAAUCUGUAUUGAGCAAUGACCCCCGCCCUAUAGUUCCACAACCAGGGAUAGGAUACCAAACAGGUACCCCUUUGCCCGUUGCAGCACCAGAACAUCCUAAACCGUCGGGGUAUCCCCCGCGAAACGACCAUACUGCGGUUCCGCAGAUGGUUCUGACCAAUUUCAAGAUCGAAUUUACCUGUACAACGUGCGGGUCUCUGAAUCAGAGCUUCUUCCCAAACCAGGGCAAUGUCACGGGACCGGGCUAUAUGUCUCAUCAUGCGAUGGCUGAGCAAGCUGUGCCGAGACACCCUGGCCCUGCACCUCCGAAUGCGCCUGAUGGCAGUAACAACGAUGUUUCAGAGGACGGCGCGUAUUCUGUCAACGCUCUUAACGCUCGUGUCAUGCACAAUGCAUGGGCAACUGGAGGUCUAGGGGUUCCUAUUGGUCCGGCGAAUACCUGA